AGUCGUCACUAUACAUAGUCGAACGUGCGCUAAAUACGAAUUACACGAAUAAACGGCUUGAGUCUAUUCAGUAGUAUUUGACGUACAGUACCUAUUAUUAUAGUCAGUACUAUAAUUGUACUUAUGCUGUAUGGUUCUUAGUUGGAACACCUACAUUAAUCGCGUGCGUUUCUAUAAUUUAUUUUUCUUUAAAUCGAUUCAAAUCAUUCUUUUUCACUAAAGUACCUAUAAUAAUAAUACGACAGUCAAUUUUCAGACAGAUCAUAACACUCAGUGGGGAAAAUGGAAGUCGUCAUUGAACAAGGUGCUCUAAAAGGACUUAAAAAAAAAACGCUAUUGUCAAACAAACCUUACGUCAGUUUUCUAGGCAUACCCUACGCUCAACCACCCGUUAACGACUUAAGAUUCAAGGUGAACAGUUUCGUACAUAUAUAUUGUCAAUUACAGUUGGCUCCUGUCAAACAUCCCGGAUGGUCUGGAGUUUUAAAUGCUGUUUCAGAAAGAGACAAAUGCACGCAGUACGUUUUUAUGACGAAUCACAUCGUUGGAAGUGAAGAUUGCUUGUACCUAAAUAUAUCGGUGCCACAGCAGAACGAAUUGAAUGGAAAACUUGCUGUUAUGAUAUUCAUACAUGGAGGUGCCUUUAACUAUGGCAGUGGGUCAAUGAAUGAAUAUUCUCCCGAUUAUUUUAUCGACGAAAACGUGAUUGUCGUCACAAUAAAUUAUCGUCUAAACGCCCUAGGAUUUCUAAACUUGGAUAUUGACGAGUGUCCUGGAAACGUGGGCUUGAAAGAUCAACUAUUUGCAAUCAAAUGGGUUAAAGCGAAUAUAGCUGCAUUUGGGGGUGAUGUAAACAAUAUCACCAUAUUCGGUGAAAGUGCAGGAUCAGCGUCUGUUCAUUAUCACACAAUAUCACCACAAUCCAGAGGUUUAUUCCAAAAAGCAAUUAUGCAAAGUGGAAGUGCCUUUAACCCUUGGGCGUUUACUGAAAAUCAUAAAGCUUCAGCCUAUAAGUUAGCCAAAAACUUAGGAUGUUUAAGUAAUGAUCCCAAAGAAAUACUAAAAUACUUAAAAAAUGUAUCAGCGAUUGAUUUAGUGAAAGAAACUGAAUUCAAGGACGAAACAGAUUUUAUGGAUUACAAAUUUGUCCCAUCUAUUGAAAGUGAUGUGAUCAGUAAUCCAUUUUUACCAGCUCACCCUAAAACUUUAGCCACCUCUACAUUUCCAGUACCCGUAAUCAUUGGAGUUAACAAUAUGGAAGGAAUUGUAGCAUUAACUGAGGAUAGAAUAAGUCUAUUUUCCGAUGAUCACCACAUUACAGAUGAAAUUUCAAAACUAUUUAGAAAUCGGUACAGUACUGAAACUAUAAGUAAAAUAAAAAAUUUUUAUUUUAAUAAAAGUAAUAUCAGUUCUGAAACAAUGAAGUUGGAAAACAUAUGUAACUUGCACAGUGAUGUAUUUUUUUUCAACGGCGUUUAUGAAACCUUCGAUUGUUUUUUGAAGCAAAAUGGUUCACCAGUUUAUGAAUACGAAUUUAAAUUUGACGGGGAACUUAAUGGUGCAAAAAACAUGAUUUUUGCGACGAGACCAAUUCUUCGGCACGCAAUAAAAGGCGCAUGUCAUGCGGACGAUGUUAAUUAUUUUUUCCGUGAUCUAUCUGGGGUAGAUCCAAAACCCAACUCUCCGGAACUUGAAAUGUGUAAAAUGAUGUGUAAAAUGUGGACAAAUUUCGCAAAGACAAGUAAUCCCAAUUCACCGGAUUUAAGUUUCAAGUGGAUUAAUGCGACCGCAUGUGAUUUAAAAUAUCUGUCAAUAGAUGGAGACAGAACAUGUAUGAUCCAAGGCAUGAUGAACAAUAAAAGAUUUCGUUUUUGGAAAGAAUUAUCUGAAUCCAUUGUUUAGUUAAAAAUAAUGUCCUAGAUUGUAUUUCGUAAUUGAUUAAUAAUUAUUACUUUUUAACAUUAAAUAGUGUAUAAAAACCUAUAGCAUUGAUUAAUAACAUUUAUUUUUGGAAUAAUUUACUUAAUGUUGUAGUCUUAUAUUUAGAAGAAAAAUAACACUACUAACUAUUUUUUUUUUUUUGUAGUUUAAAAAAGAUUUAUUCUAAAGAAUUGUGUAUCUUAUCAAUUACAGAUUAAUAAAUAAAUUUCUAAAUUUAAUAUAUAAUUUUUGCUAUAGGUACCUAGUAUGAUUUAUUCAUAAAAAUAUUCAAUAAAUAUUAUACAAAUUUAA